AUGGCUCGAACCAAAACCAGGGCUUACAAAAAUCAAACAUCACCACUACCAUCAUCAUACUCCUCACCUCCAGUCCUUUCACCAUCCCCAGUUCGUUCUCCAUCUCCUCCACCAAAACCAACACCUCCUCAUUCACCCUCUGACAACACAUUUUCAGACUACCUAUCUUCUUCCCCAGAACUCUAUCCUCAACCUCUUUCAACUCAGUUUCCUCCCUUGUAUCAAUGUCCCACUCCUUCUGUUUCUCAAUGCCCACCCCAUCUUCGCACCACUAUGAACCCUAGCUCUAGCACAACAUCUUCUCAACGAAGAUCAAUGCGCAUACUAGCCGACAUUGGCACUUCCCACAAAAACCAAGAGGACAACACCAUCUACAUAAUUUCUGACGACGAACCUUCAUCACCUCCAACUCAUCCUAAUCUCCAAACGGCUCCUACACCACUGUCUCCACCUCUUUCAAAAUCCCCAGAAAUAUCAAAUCCUAACUCAUCAUCUCAAAAAACCUCUUCUAAACAGCCUUCACCAAAAACCACAUCACAAAAAUCGAAACCCAAACCCAAAUCUCCUUCCACACUCUCUCAGUUUUUAGCCUCCAAGAAGCUUAAAAUAAAAACCAAAUCUCAAAAAAAACCUCAUCAGGAACGAUCUUCCCCAUUAAUUUCUUCCAAACUCCAACCAGUCUUUUCUGAAAAAUGGGUUCAACGCCCAAUUGCUAUUGGACGUGUUUUUGAUUUUGCAAAACUACAACUUGAAGGGCUCUCCAUACAGCAUCAUACUGAUGCCCUUGGGUGGACAAAUUUUUUGAAAAUAUCUGAUUAUCAUUAUCCCAAAGUCAUCAGAGCUUUUUAUUGCAAAGUUGAGGCCUUUGAAGACAAAUCUCUCAUAGUUUCAAACCUGAAAGGUAUUGAAAUUAAACUUGAUCCUUUGAUUCUGGCUGACAUUUUGAAACUUCCUUCUGACGGUGUCACAAUCUAUGGCAAAGAUUGGUACCAAGCCUUAAACAUUUCAAAGGAUGAAGUAUUUCAGGAGCUCCUUAUUGAUGGAUCCACAAGAUACCUUUCUGCUGAUUUGAAACCUCUGCCAAAAUUUUUUAACAACAUCAGCCAACAUAACAUCUUCCCUCACUGUGGCAGUCACGAGUUCGUCUCUGAUAAUGACGCUCUUGUCAUAUAUCAUCUUCUUCAUUGCAAGAGGUUAAACCUGCCAUAUCUAAUAAUCCAACAUAUGAUUGCUUCAAGCAGAUAA